AUGAACGUCAAAAAGUGCCCGUGCUUCGAUCAACCCCACCAUGUCUGGAUUUGCACCAAUCCACAGUGCACCGAGUCCUCCGUAGAUAUCCUUCAGAGGUUAUCGCGCAUGCUCCCGACCAACCCUGACCGAGUGACUGCGACCAGCUUCAUCACUCUCAGCACAUGGCCAUCCUGUGUUUCCGCUGGCCAAACGCAUGAGCCUCUGCGCUUCUUUACCCCGACUACAUCCUCGCAAACCUUGGAGAUGAGCGACUGUCCUCCACGCACUUUUUACUCGGCGAAGGCUGGCUCGACCUCUCAACUGUUUCUCCCACCCUUUCGGGGCCCGGCAAACCGCGAACAUACGCCACCGCUGUCUCGAAAUCUCAUCAAAGUACCCUCUAGAACUCAAGUUAGGCGCAACAAACGCCAGCUCAGAAAGUCACGGUCUAGUACCAGCCUUACUCCCCGUACCAGAAUCCUCCUCCCCGAGAUCAGCCGUUGCAUUCCCAGCAUCGAUACCCACCGCGCAAAUCCCGGUAUCACUAGUAGUCCGCCCAGCAGCAGUAGACCCAGAACUAUCCCUACCCGCCACGACAGCACUGGCACAAGUACUGUACACAAACGCAAUCACGAGCCGCUUGCACUGUUCAGACCGCGACCGGAAGCGAUUUUCUCGCCUUCAGUCCCUAAGAACCCCCCUUGCCUCCGAACAUCGAAAAGCCUCGCCAGAGCUGGGCCUGAUGCUCAAGCUGACGCUGAUGUUGGUGCUGAUACUCCAACUGGUACUUCAGUUCCAACGGCCAGAGACCUCGCUGAAAAUGGCGCAAGUGUUGAUGCUGAUGCUGAGACCGGAGCUAGUACUAUUUUUGAUCCUGCCGGCUCUUUUGAUGCUGAUGCUCGUACCUUUGCAGAAUCUCAAGCUCUUACUGAUGCGCUGGCUGCGACGACGGCAACGUAG